ACCAACAAAAUACUUCAGUUUCAAGUGACCUUGAACUUGUGGCCAGUAGCAUGUGCUACGUUCAAAGGGCGGAUCUGUUUGGAAUGCCUGCAACUACAACAGCUGCAUCUACAACAACUGUAGCAACGAGUGCGACAACCACCACGACUGCAUCAAGUACAACCGCUAGUGGAACACCGGUAAUAGAUAUAGUGUAUGGCCCGAAGGAUAUGUGCCCUGCAGGUUCUACAAGCCAAGACUUUCUUGUACUGACACCUGGCGAGUCUAUGUGUAUGAUGAAAUAGACGAUUUGACGUCUGCACCCUGUGAUGGACCGAAAGCAUUUACGUCAAUAUUCAAGGACUACCCGUCAAUGCCAGCCAUUGACAUGGUCAGUGGCAUUCUCAUCUACCAAACGUCAAAUGUAGAGUUGUAUGCAGACGGCACUGUGUAUAAAUGGCAGGUAGAAUCAGGCCAGCUCAACAGCGUCCUGGGUUCUCAGUCCUACUUAAACCAUCUUGGAACGGCAGAACUGAAUAAUAUUGACUUUAUUUGGGCAGCCCACAGGCUCGGUUCCUCAGCUGAGAGACACUUUUAUCUUGGUGGAGAUUCGUUCUUCUUAAAAUCUAGCCAGCACGGGACCAGAUAUUUUAAUAAAACAGAACAAGUGCCCGAUAUGAACGGAUUUGACAUGAACCCAUGGAGUGACAUUCCAACAGAUAUUGUGGCUGCCACCGGAUACGGAAACGAGCCGAAAAAGAACUACGCUCUGAUUGACUCAAGCGGAAAUGUCUACACAUAUCAACUAGACCACACUUCGGAUAAUAACAAUCCGACAAAAUCGUUAACGCCGCAAGGCCAAAUACAGUUUUAAAUAUAAAAAAUUUCACCAUAUUGCAAAAGAGGUAGAAAGCUGAAUUUUGAAAAAUAGAUACCAGUUACUUUUUAUACGAACCGGUAACCACUCGCACAUUAAUAAACAAAACUCCGAGGUCAUGAAUACUUUUCUUCCAGACACACUGAGAAGUAAGACAACAUAACAUAUUACUACCGGUCAUAUCUGGAAAAUGCAAGGAAUCGUAGAAAAGUCCUGCCACAAUGUCUGGGUAGUAUUAGUUUGACACAUGUAUAAAUUCAGUCGUAGGUAGGUCUGCGAUAAUGUGGAAAAAAAACUAGUCGUAGCUGGUUUUAGGUAGGUCUUCAAUUGUGUUGUCUUACACUGAUAUGAUUUUCGAACAGUCGAACGACAAUGCAAUACAAUUCGCUCAAUCAGUCACAACUUUAGUAAGACUCGGAUGAUUGUACGGUCUUGUUGUGUGACCGCUAGGCUGACGUCGCAGAAAACCCUUACUAACAGACAAAACCACCCCGGCUAUGUCACAUGACUGAUAUAAUCGAUUCACUAACAUUAAUGCGGGAAUAGAACAAUAUAGGCUUAUUAAUAUCAUCAUAAUUUCCUGUUUUAAUUGCAAUUGCUUUCUACUUGUUAUCCUUUCAGAUAAAUAUGGUUUGUGUGAAAUAAAGCAAAAGUUCAACUUAACCAUACAAUCUCAUGACUGAAGAGAAAUUGUGUGAUUUGCUUUAAUGUUUUCAUGUAACUGUAUACUUUUUGCAGAUUUAAAUUACCUCUAGUAUACAUGCAUAUUACCACG